AUCAGACGAGAGAGAGAGAGUGUGUGCGUGAUGAAGAACAAUCACCUUCAACUGACGAAGAAGAAGAAGGAAGAUCGACAAACUAAUUUCCGAUCCAAAUCUCAAAAGCUUCUAGUUGCUACGAUUCAUGCAGCAGAUCAGCAAACAUUGCCUCGAUUAUGUGCCUGAGUUGGACGAUGAUACCUCGCAGCUGAAUAAUAAUAAUUUCGAUGAAUCUUCAUUUUCAGAAAUCAUCCAUGACUCUCACUUCGAGUCGGCAAAUGAUUUCAUGGAAAAUCCAAUUCUAUCUGCUUAUGAAUCAGGAAAACUAGAAUACAGCUCUAUUUCUUCUUCCAGUAAUUUAGAUAAUGUGAAGAGCAAGUUUGUAGAGGUUGAUAUGAUGGUGAGUAAUCUUAGGCAAGCUGAAAUUCAGGUCCUGAAUUCAACAAACGUUGAUGAUGUGUUUAAACGUAUCAUAUAUACAUUGGUAGAGAUGGUAAUUGAAGAGCUAAAUACUAUGUCAGGAGAUAAGGACAGAUUACCUGAGAUUGUUUCACGAAAAACUCAUAUUGUUCUUCUCAGCAGCCUUGCUACUUGUAUUUGUCUUGCUUUUAUGAUUCUUCUGCUCUGUAAUGGAGGAUCAGGAAGCUUCAUUCAACCACCACCACCACCAACUUAAGUCCAGUGACCAUCGCUGGCCAUGAUUUGGGGUGGAGGAUUAGGCAGAGGAACUUAGGUCAGGCCCGCCUCCCUUGAUUCCUUUAAAGGUAAAACCAUCAUUAUUGCAUUUUAGUUUAUUGCCCUAUACAUAUUUCUUUCAUUCCAUUUCCCAACUUUUUUAUCCAUUUAACCCAUUCACUACUUUAAAUUUGCUGUCUUCAAAAAUAUAAAUAUUAUUUGCCCCAAGUAAAACACAUAAUUAUAAAUAAUU